AUGGCGCCGUUCAAAUUUCAACAAAAAUUCGUUAUUGAUUCGUACUGGAAAGUUUUAUAAAUACAAUAUUACCUGUGCUUAACAAUAGAUGAUCGAAGUACGAAAGGGCAAAGUUAUUCAAUUAUAUUGUUAAAAUGUAAUUAUAAAGUCGUAAAAUAAAAAACUACUGAGUUAUCGGACACGCCAUUUUGUGAAAUUGAUCGAACUCUGCACAGGAAGUUUAACAGGCGCACGUAUAUAAGCGUCGUAGUUCAUAAUAGAAUCAUCUGGACGUUAUACGUACGACAGUGAAGCUUGGUAAGAAAACUUUUGUAUCGUGCAAAAUAAAUAGUUUUUGUGGAUUUUUACGAAUACACAUUCACAUUUUAUUCCAAAUUGAACAAUAUAGAUAAAUAUCCAAUAAUGUAUAAAGCAUAUUUGCAAAGUAACGACUCUUCCGUCAAAGCAAUUCGAAAGUUUCAUUAUCAGACUGAUUUUAAUAAUUUCUGGCACAAAAUCAGAACAAUAUUCCCGGAAUUAUCUGGUAAACAGUUCACCGUUUCUUGGAAAGAUACUGAUGGUGAUCAAAUCUUAAUAUCAUCUAAUGAAGAAUUAAAAAUUGCUGAGGAAGAAAUGGGACAACGUAUGAAAAUAUAUAUCAAACCUUUCCCAUCUAAGCAAAAAGAACCAAGUCCUGAGAAAGAAAAACCGGUACAUUUUGGCGUAUAUUGUGAUGGUUGUGAUAAUGACAUAACUGGAUUUAGAUACAAAUGUAUUCAAUGUGAAGAUUAUGAUUUAUGUGCACAAUGUGAGACAGCACAGAUACAUUCACAUCAUUAUAUGAUCCGUAUGCCACAACCAUUAGAAUGGCAUCAUACUCGAAGUUUGUUUCACCAUUUAAGAAAAAUUCUAAAAAAGAAUGGCGUGUAUUUUAAUAAAAAACAUACUUCUGAUGAAAAUAAAUCCCAAAGUAAUUAUUGUAACAUUUAUCCUUGGUUGGAAAUUUAUACACCAUAUAUAAAUAGUUUUAUUGAUACACUAUUAGAAGCACAUAAUGUUGAUCCAAAAUCUUGUAAGAGUCAGAAACCUGAAGAAAGAAAAGAAUCUAAGGAUGAUACAUGUAUAGAUGAAAAUAAUACCAAAAAAUUUCCUGGAGAAGGAAGGAAGUUACUUGAUAAUGCAAAUGCUGAUAAAGAAUCAGUAUCAGAUGUUGCAUCAACAGCAAGCCAAGACAGUGCUACUACAAAGGUACCAGCAGAUGAAUGGACUAUUAUAGAUAAAAAUGACACUACUGAAGUUAAUCAAACAUCUUCAGCUUCAUCCAAUACGAAUGAGACUAUUAGGAAACAGGCUUGUUCCUCUUCAACGGCACCACCAUUAACAUCACAGGGAUCUUCAGCUCAAACACUUUACCCUGAAUUACCAAGAGAAACGAAUUACCAAGAAAUAUAUCAUGAAAAUCCAACAGUUAAUGAAGCUGUUAAAACUAUGAUAAAGAUGGGAUUCUCAAAUCAAAGUGGAUUAUUGACUUAUUUGUUGGGUGUUGAAGAUGGUAAUAUUGAUAAUGUCUUGGAGAUAUUGGAACCUACACAUAAAUGAAUAUAAAGUUUGAUAUUUAAUGAAAUUUAUCAUUAUAUCACUAUAGCUUAUGACAUAGUUCAUAUAUAUAUAUAAAUAUGUAUAUACAUAUAUAUAUAUAUAUAUAUAUAUAUAUAUAUAUAUAUAUAUAUA